CUGUCAGUACUCGUGCUGCAGCGUUCUGAAUUAAUUGGAGCGUUUUAAUGGACUUAUUGGGGCAACCUGAUAAUAAAGAGUUGCAGUAAUCCAGCCUUGAAGUAACAAAUGCAUGGAUUAGUUUUUCUGCAUCUGUCUGUGAUAGUAUGUGUCUAAUUUUUCUAAUAUUACGUAAAUGAAAGAAGGCGGUCCUAGAGGACUGCUUUAUGUGGGAGUUAAAUGACAAAUCCUGAUCAAAGAUAACUCCAAGAUUCCUGACAGUGGUGCUAGAGGCCAAGGUAAUGCCAUCUAGAGUAACUAUAUCUUUAGACAGUGAGUCUCUAAGGUUUUUGGGGCCAAGAACAAGAAUUUCGUUUUUUUCUGAGUUUAACAUCAGAAAAUUGCAGGUCAUCCAGGAUUUUAUGUCCUUAAGACAUGUUUGUAAUUUAGAUAAUUGAUUAAUUUCAUCGGGCUUGAUUGAUAGAUAUAACUGCGUAUCAUCUGCAUAACAGUGAAAGUUAAUGGAGUGAUUCCUAAUAAUGUUGCCUAAAGGGAGCAUAUAUAAAGUAAAUAGUAUUGGUCCAAGUACAGAACCUUGUGGAACUCCAUGACUAACUUUAGUAUUUAUUGAAGAUUCAUCGUUAACAUGUACAAACUGCGAGCGAUCUGAUAAAUAUGACUUAAACCAGCUUAGUGCGGUUCCUUUAAUGCCAAUUUGAUGCCCAAGUCUCUGUAAAAGAAUAUUAUGGUCAAUGGUGUCAAAUGCAGCACUAAGAUCUAAUAAUACAAGUACAGAGACAAGUCCAUUGUCAGAAGCAAUCAGAAGGUCAUUAUUAACUUUAACCAGAGCUGUCUCUGUGCUGUGAUGAACUCUAAAUCCUGACUGAAAAUUCUCAAAUAAACUAUUGUUAUGUAGAAAGUCACACAACUCUUUGGCGACUACUUUCUCCAGAAUCUUAGAGAGGAAGGGGAGGUUAGAAAUCAGUCUAUAGUUGGCUAAAACCCCUGGGUCAAGAGUGGACUUUUUAAGAAGGGGUUUAAUUACAGCUACUUUAAAGGACUGUGGUACAUAUCCUGAUAAUAAAGAAAGAUUAAUCAUAUCCAGUAAAGAAGUGCCAAUUAAGGGAACAACUUCUUUAAGCAGCCUAGUUGGGAUCGGGUCUAAUAGACAGGUUGAUGGCUUCGAUGAAGAAAUGAUUGAAGUUAGUUGAUGAAGGUCUCUGCUGCAGCGUUCUGAAUUAGUUGGAGAGUUUUAAUGGACUUAUUGGGGCAACCUGAUAAUAAAGAGUUGCAGUAAUCCAGCCUUGAAGUAACAAAUGCAUGGAUUAGUUUUUCUGCAUCUGUCUGUGAUAGGAUGUGUCUAAUUUUUGUAAUAUUACGUAAAUGAAAGAAGGCAGUCCUAGAGGUCUGCUUUAUGUGGGAGUUAAAUGACAAAUCCUGAUCAAAGAUAACUCCAAGAUUCCUGACAGUGUUGCUAUUUACUGUUUUUAUACUUUUAAACCAUAAACACCAACCUGAUUAUUCUGUUAUUAGUUCAGAUGAGUCAGAUUUAAUAUUUAAUAUUUAAUAUUAAAUAUUUUAUGUUUCACUCCAUUAGAUCAUUUAAAGGAUUCAACACCUGAUUACUGAAUAAAUAUCUUUAAUUUGCAGCUUAAAUAAUAAAACCAAACUGUUUCAAUUAAAUGAUUAUUUCAUGUUAUUGGAUUCAUUAAAUGUUUUUACAGAAUAUUUUAUGACUUUAUUUUCUGUUAAUUAAAGCUCCCAUUAAACUGUUUAUGAGGCUGUAAUUAAUGUGAUUAGUGAAGUCUUUUGUCCUCUGUUGUUGUUGUUGUUGUUGUUGUUGUUGUUGUUGUUAAUGAGCUCCACAGAGGAUGAAGGUCCGACUCAUAAAAGCAGCAGAGAGGAAACAGCCGCUCUUCGUCUUCGUCUUCACGUGUUCAGAGUCUGACUGACCUCUGCCUGUAUAACUGUAUAUUUAUAUGUUUAUAUGUUUAUUUGUUUAUAUCUGUACCUGCUUGUUGUUCAUUAUGACGUCAGCGGGCUUUAACGUGACCUCUGUGACGUCACUGACGCUGGAGGGGCUCGCGCAGCUGUCGGAGCACAGGUCGAUGUGGUUCACGCUCUUUCUGUCUCUGUACGUGUUCGUGCUGUCCGCCGACUUUCUGGUUGUUUAUCUCAUCUGUUCGCAGCGGACACUUCGCCGACCAAUGUUCGCCUUCGUCGCUGCGGUUCUGCUGAACUCUGUUGCCGCGGGCACGUCGGUUUACCCCAAACUGCUGUCCGACUUGAUGUCGGGAAGCGAGGCCGUGCAGGUGUCCCAGUCCGGGUGUCUGAGUCAGGCCUUUGUGCUGAUGUCUCUGGGGGGGUCCAGCUUCAUGCUGCUGUCGGCGAUGGCCUUCGACCGCUACCUGUCCAUCUGCCGCCCGCUUCGCUACGCCGCGCUGGUGACGCCUUCCGCUGUAGCGGCGCUGCUGCUGCUCUGCUGGCUGCUUCCCGCCGCGCUGGUGGGCGGUGCGGUGCUGCUGGCCAGCCGCUUGCCGCUCUGCCGCUCGCGGCUCAGCCGGAUCUACUGUGACGUGUACAGCUUCGUCAGCCUGAGCUGCGGCGGCGGCGCGACGCUGCUGAGCGAAGUGUACGGCCUGAUCAGCGCCGCGCUCACCGUCUUCUUUCCCGCCGCUUUCGUGCUGUUCUCGUACGGUCGCGUGCUGUCCGUCUGCCUGCGGAGCUCGCGGUCCUUUUGCAGCAAAGCGCUGCACACCUGUCUUCCUCACCUGCUCGUCUUCGUCAACUAUUCGCUCAGCACGUCGUUCGAACUGCUGCAGCGUCGCCUGCAGGCGCGAGGCGAACCCGCCGCGUCCAUCCUCACCUCCGUCCUGAUGGUGGUGGUUCCGACCGUGCUGAACCCGGUGGUCUACGGACUGAAGAUGAACGAGAUCUUCAGACACGUGAAGCGGCUGCUAGGCUGCCAGAGAGCCGCCUGAUCACCGAUAUCGAUCCGCUGAUCAGGUCCGAUUACAGCCGAUAUUCAUCCAUCGGAUCAAUCUCUUUAUUCUUUAACACAUCCGGUUACAGUCUGAUAGUUACUGAACGAUCGAUUAUUGAUUAAUGUGGUUUUUAAUUUGUUUCUCAUAAUCAAUAAGUCGUUAAUCACAGAUCAAUACUCUGUUGUUUAUGUUUACGGAAGCUCAGUGGUGCCAGAAACAGAAAUAUUCAUGUUUAUAAUCAAUAAUGUGACUUAAUGAAUGUAAUUAUAUUAUUAUUAUUAUUAUUAUUGUUAUUAUUUAUCACACUGAUGUUUUAUUUUGAUACAGAUUUUUAUUGUUUUCUGUCAUAAUUGAUCGAUCAGAGAUUAAUCAGUGUUCAUUAAUAUAAACAUUAUAAUCAGUUCUAUAAAAUGUUGUAACUAUUUUAAAAUAUUCAAACUUGUGAUUUGAUUUUAAAGCUGAUGUUUCACAUUAAAACCGAAUAUCUUUAAUAUAAAUGUCAGUAUUAAUAAGAAUUAUAACCUUUAACAAUGAAACAAAAUCCAUUAAUCUCAUUCAAGUUUAAUGAAAACUGUUCAAUAGUUUUCAUACAAUAAAUGUACAUUAAAUACAUGAAUAUUCACAUAUCUGCUUUUACAUUAUAAGACUUUAAGCAGUAAUAAUAUAAAAUAAUGUUAAUAUAUUCAAUAUAAAAUGUAAAUAUCUGUAAAAUCUUUGAUUCUGUACAAAAAACCCUGAAAAAAGUGAAGAAAACGUAAUAAAAUAAAUAAACUCAG